AUGUUCCGCGCUCCCCUCCAGAGGCUUCGCAACCUUCUGCCCGCGAAAGGUGGUAGACGGCGAGAUGCGACCACCCAGGCGACCACGCCCAACGUUCACACCCUGACAUCCACGCUCAGCUCCAUGGACCUCAAUCAAUGCCCGACCCCGCUUCGGGACGUGAAUCCCGCUACGCUGCUUGGCGAGAACUCUUCGGUCCUGGGCCCCGAGGUGCUACAUGCGAUCAUGCAAAAUUGUAGCCCGCACGACCUCGCCAUGCUACACCAGACCUGCCGCGCCUUCCGCGACCACAUCGACGCGAAACCCGCCCUUUGGCGGUCGGCACGGAAGAGUGUGGCAGGGGCGCCCGAGCCCACUGCGCUUCCCCCCAAAGCCUCUUCGGGGCAGCCAGCGGUACCACCAGCAACGCAACCUACGGGACAGCAAGACUCUGAAAUGAGCGACGUCGAGGAGACUCCGACCGAGGCGGAGUGGGCGCUGCACCUAUUUACGGGCGCGCUCGAGAUCAAAAGAGGCUUCAUGGUUGUUCCCGGCCACUGGUUCGACUCGUACAACUCCCAGUGGAACAAGUCGCAGAAGAAGAACUUGGCACUCCUCGGUGACUUCGUCUGCAAGAAGGAGCGGCUCGGCUUCGACGCGCGCAAGCGGCGUGUGAGGGAGUUCAUGCGCACUCCGGCGUGCUUGCGCCUUUUACAUGCGUUCCGACGCGACCUGGAGGAUAUCGACUGGACGUCCUUCGAGAGCGCAUACCCUGCUAUGGUGGAUGAAAUCGCGCGAGCCAAGACGGGUCACCUUGCGAUGCUCCCCGUGGGCUUCCGCCUCCACUCCCGCGACAGGGUCGCCUGCCCGCAGUGCCAUCCUCCGCCAGCAGUACCUCGCCCGUACAAGGUCAUCCACAGGAAGCUCAUGUACCUUGGACCCGAUGGUCAACCGAUACUGGGCUGGAAGGAGCCGAAGAAGUACAUGAUCUCGAAUGGGCUGAAGGAUCAUUAUGAGGCGAAGCAUCCUAACGUCCCUCCAGCCCUCGUUCAAGUCACCCAUCCCUGUGUAGCUUGUCCUUCGCGCACGACCAAGGUCAAGCUCUAUUGCCCGCAGGGCAUGAUCGCUCAUCAUCAUCAUGCUCAUGGACCCAUCAACCCCGUCCGCUAG